GUGUCGGAGUACGACAUGCGGACCUACUUCCUGCCCCCAUUCAGGCGGUGUGUGGAGUCGGGGACAUACGCCUUUGUCUGUGCCUACAACAGUAUCAACGGCGUACCAGCGUGUGCGGACAAGGCCUUGCUCACAGACAUACUUCGGGGAGAGUGGAACUUCAAAGGAUAUAUCGCCUCUGACGCCGGCGAGCUUACCUCCAUCAUUACAAACCACCACUACCUCAACAACAGCGUCGAUACGGCGGCGGCGUGUCUGAACGCCGGCUGCAACCUGGAACUGCAAGGGGAGACUGGAAGAUUUAUAACUCUAUCAUUCCUGCCAUCGAACAAGGCAAGUUGACUGAAGACUUCGUCCGGGAGAGUGUAAAACCUCUCUUCUAUACCCGCUUCCGGAUCGGGGAGUUCGACCCACCCAGCAUGAACCCUUAUUCCACUCUGGACAAGGAUGAAGUUGUCCUCAGCUUGGAACACAGGGAGCUAGCACUCAGGGCGGCCAUCAACACAUUUGUGUUGUUGAAGAACGACAAAAACACACUGCCGCUCAAGAAGAACUUCAACAAAAUAGCUGUAGUUGGGCCGAUGUCCAACGACAGUCAGGAUCUGUUCGGGGACUACACAGCCUUUCCAGAUCCCCGUUUUGUCGUCACACCGUACAUGGGGCUCAAGAGACUAGCCAGCACGGUGUCCUUGGCCUCGGGAUGCAAUGACACCUGGUGUCAGAAGUAUGAUGCCCAGGCAGUGACAGCCGCCAUAUAUGGAGCAGAUGUUGUCUUUGUCUGUCUUGGACAUGGUACCUCUGUUGAGUCUGAGGGUAAGGACCGGACCACCAUACUGCUGCCGGGCAGCCAGCUGCAGCUGUUGAAGGACGUCGUCGCCAACACCUCGAAGCCGGUUGUGCUGUUAUUGUUUAAUGGCGGUCCUGUUGAGAUAUCCUGGGCCGUGGACAACCCUGGAGUGUCCGCCAUCUUGGAAUGUUAUCUUCCUGGUCAAACUGCUGGAGACGCUGUGUACAUAUCCCUGACUAACAAUGGUUCAUUCUCUGCCCCUGGGGGGAGACUGAGCUACACAUGGCCAGCCAGUGAUGAGCAGAUUCCAGCUAUGACCAAUUACUCUAUGGCGGAGCGGACGUACUGGUAUUUCACCCAAGAACCACUUUUCCCAUUUGGCUAUGGGCUUUCCUACACAACGUUUAAAUAUUCGAACUUCAGCUUCGACAAGGAAGUGAAUGCUGGUGAUGACUUGUCGGGAAGGCUGAUUGUAAACAACACCGGGAACUAUGAUGGAGAUGAAGUAAUUCAGGUGUAUAUCUCAUGGCAGAAUGCAUCAAUGACUGUGCCCCAGGUGAAGCUGGUUCAGUUUCUACGUGUAGGUGUACAACAAGGAUGGUAUAUAGGCUUCGGUUUCAGUAUAGCGGCAAGGGACAUGGCGGUCUGGCAGGAUGAUGUUGGAUGGGUCAUUAAACAAGGUGUGAUGAAUAUCUACGUCGGUGGGCAACAGCCAAACCAGACACGUACAGUCAGCUCCAAUGUAGAACACGGACAGUUCACCAUUGUUGGUGAAAAGAUAUUAGGAAGAUUUUAAUGAACAUCGUUCACCUUGAAUUCCUUAACUAGCACCUGUGUUUUUUAACUAUAAAUAAACAUCCAUUUAUCCUUA